AUGCCGCCGGCGAACGGCUCUGUCAAGGAGGACCCGGUCGCCUUCGAGCAAUCGGGCAUCACUGGCCGCAACAAGGUGCGCGAGAAUGGCAUCUCAUACACGAGCCCCGGUGGCGGCGAGGUGUACCGCGACGGCACCGCGAGUGGCUUUGUACGCUCCAUCUACGAGUACCUCGUUGAUGAGCACCACCGGCCGAGCUACUCGUCCACCAUGAUCCGAGGUCCCGACCUGCACACCCGCCCGCCAGCGUGGCUGGAAGACAAGAACACGGCCAUCGAUGGCUCGCCGCUGACGUCUGUGGAGCGCAACGCGCCUGGGUACUGGUCUACGGUGUACAAAAAAGAGCUCGAGGUGGCGGAGGCCAUUCAAGAGGUGAAGCGGCAACGUCGAUAUGAGCAAGACAACGACCUGGUCGGCUUCAUAAACCGCGCGCGCCGGUACUUUGGUCUCUCUCCCCAACUCGACGAGGCGGCGGCGAGGAGCCAGGUCGAGUCCCGCUACCGCCUAGAGGACGAGGCGCGGCGGCUGCGCGCAUCCACAGCGCCGGGAGCCUCAGAUGACGAAGUGGCGCAAGGGGAGGAGGACUGUGAUACGUCAUCGUCGCCACAUCCAAUCGGCACGCUGCCCCGAAACGGAACUGCUCAGCUCUUGGCAAACGUGCCACAGCAGCGCCGGAGCGAGCACGGCGAGAAUGGCGUGCGGCACACGGGUGGGGCGCUGACAGCGCCGUGGUUGGCGUUGAUGGAGUCUAUUGAGACAGGUCGGCCCCUCACAAGAGUGGCGAACGAGUACCGGCCGCGCGUUGACUACUACGGCCUCGACCCAUUCCUCGACUCGGCGCCGUCUGUGGUGUGGUUCAGCACGAAGUGCGGCAUCGCCAUCGGUCUCGCCCACGGCACCGCAAAGGCUGUGCAGGCAAUGAACGUGGAUGUGCAGUUCCUGAAGGCGUCGGGGGUCGGCGUGCUGUCGAUCCUGAACAUGUCUGUCUUCGCCAGUGUCGUGAAGUGGGGUGGAAACAUGACCAUCUUCGCGUGCGCCUUCUGCGUCGGCGACCGACUGAUGCGGUGGAUUAAGUCGCGCAUGCUGCCGUCGCACGAUGCGCAGUGCCGCUCCACAUCGAACUACGUGAUGGGUCUCUCCUUCUCUGGGGCCAUGGUGGGGGUGCUGCCGUGGUGGGUGUUAAACGACACGGGGUUGGCAAUGCGCAUGGCGGCGUCAGGGCUCGCCGUCGGUGGGGCUCUGGGGCUGAUGGUGGGCCUGAGUGUCCAACACCUUGUGGCUCUGAACACGGCGCGGCUGGACGCGAACAACCGGCAACUGCGUCGUUACGAGGCCCUGUUGGCUCGCCAGCGAGAGUGGGCGGAGCAGGUUCGGAGCAAGUACACGAGUUCCGCGUACGUCUGGUGGUAA